AUGGCCUCGGCCCGCAGCCCCGUCGGAGCGAGCCUGCUGCUCGCCUACGCCAGCCUGCUCGCCGCCGUGGGCCUGGGUGUCCCGGAGCCCGUGGGGAACCCCGCACGGCCGCAGCUGCCCGGGGCCGAGCCCGCCCCGCCCGCCGACAGCCUGCCGAAGCCCACCAGUGCACAUGCACACAGCGUGGACCCCAGGGAUGCCUGGAUGCUCUUUGUCAGGCAGAGCAACAAGGGCAUCAACAGCAAGAGGAGGAGCAGGACCAAGGCCAGGCGACUGAAGCUUGGCCUGCCGGGACCCCCAGGGCCACCAGGUCCUCAGGGCCCCCCAGGCCCCUUCACCCCACCUGAGGCUCUGUUGAAGGAGUUCCAGCUGUUGCUGAAAGGCGCAGUGCGGCAGCGGGAGAACUUGGCGCCCGGGCGCUGCACCAGCGACCUCACCACACCAGCCUCGGGCAGCCCCUCCCGCGUCCCAGCCGCCCAGGAGAGUGACGGCCACCAGGACCCGGGGGCUGUGUUGGCGCUGCUGGCCGCGACCUUGGCCCAGGGCCCGCGGGCGCCCCGCGUGGAGGCCGCGUUCCACUGUCGUCUACGCCGGGACGUGCCGGUGGAGCGGCGGGCGCUGCACGAGCUCGGGGUCUACUACCUGCCCGACGUGGAGGGAGCCUUCCGCCGGGGCCCAGGCUUGAACCUGACCAGCGGCCAGUACACCGCACCCGUGGCUGGCUUCUACGCACUCGCCGCCACUCUGCACGUGGCAUUCACAGAGCAGCCGAGAAGGGGUCCCCUGCGACCCAGGGACCGUCUGCGCCUGCUGAUCUGCAUCCAGUCUCUUUGCCAGCACAAUGCCUCCCUGGAGACUGUCAUGGGGCUGGAGAACAGCAGCGAGCUCUUCACCAUCUCGGUAAACGGUGUCCUGUAUCUGCAGACGGGACACUACACCUCCGUCUUCCUGGACAAUGCCAGCGGCUCCACCCUCACGGUGCGCAGCGGCUCCCACUUCAGCGCUAUCCUCCUGGGUCUGUGAGUGGCUGCUGCAGGCUCUUACCUCACCAAGCAGAGUGCAGGAGGAAGCCCACUGGACUUCUGUAUCUGUACACCCUGGCCACUGCAAUGCCUCAGCACAGCCACCCUAGGCAUUCCUGCAGAGGUGAUGGAAGCAGGUUCUCUGAGAACCAGCAGCAAUUUGUGAAUAUCGUAAGCCCUGCUUGGCUCUUCUGGGACCACCGGGCAUACUUGGUAGCCACAGCUGCAGAGCUGGCACCUUUGUGGCUCCAUACAGCCUGAUUCCUUCCUGUGGCUCAGCAUCCUAGCCAGGCCACUAUCUGGACCAGCCAGCCUGCACAGGGCAGGGCUAUUGUGAAAUGACUAUAGGUCCUUAGUGCUCAAGAGGGGAGCCCAGGCCUUCUUGGACCACACACCCUGUCUACCUAGGUUCCAGGCCCAUAUACAGCCAUAUUUACCAUGCCUCUGACUGCAGUGCAGCCUCAGCGACCUAGGGACUUCAGGGGCCAGCAAGCCUGCAUCUGGCAGCAGUUUCUACUUUUGGGGUAAGCAAGAUGACCUGCAGGCCCCCUAGUGGGCACCUCAACAUACAGGAGCUGUCCUCCUCUGUCGUCUCUCUCACAGACAAGGCCGUCUUCCCCCUCUACAAAGGCUGCCAGCCAACCAGCCAGCCCUUCCGAGGUUCUGGCUCACGGCUAGGACACACCCACUAGGCAAAGGCUGAGCAGUCAUGGACACAGGCCACUUGCUCCAAGCUCCCUUCCUGAGACCUACUGCAAAAGGGGUGGCCUGGCUGAGUGGGCAGCCUGGGGGUGGAGAAACUGGCGGAGGGCUCUUCCCAUGAGAAGCUGCAGGACUGUCAGCCUGCAGCUUGUUUCAAUGCAGUCUUCCCAUUUUUAACAUGAUUGGGGACCAGCUUCCAAAUGUGCAGUGGAGUGGACUGGGCCCGCCAGGCCCCCGGAGGCCUGCUGAUGAGGGUUGACAACCAGUACCCACAGCAACCCACAGGCUGCUUUGGGAUCUCUUGGCCUAUCAGGGGUGCUCAAGCCUGGGACCUCAGGAUGAGGUCACUGUAUCAGAAUGCCCUUAUGACUUCUCCCCAAGCAGGCUGCCAACACGGAGCACCAGGUGAAUGGAGGGCUGUCCAUCGGCAGGCCUGGCCCGAUUCUAAGUAGGGCUGGUACCCACCCUACCAGGAAGCACUGUGCUGGCCUGGGUCCUGACUCCCUGGCACUUCGAUAAGGACAGGGGGUGGACACACCCUUCUCUGGAUUUCACUCUGUAUCCAGUGGGCACAGCCAUGUUAGAGGAGUUAUCUUCUACCCUGGAGAAGGCCACAUGAGCACAUAUCUCACCUUUCAGCAACUGUGCUAUACAGGCAGCUUUAAAGUGUCAUAUUGCUGGGCAGAGUGCUUUUAAGGAGCAGAUCACACACAAAGCCAUGACAAUGACGGGCAGACCUGAAGACCAUGCCCUUCUCUUUCCAGGCCCCUCACCAAAGACGACGACGAGGGGUAGGCGCUAUAAAGCAAGGAGAGAUGCCUGUAGUCUUGAGGCUGCCGCCGAAGGCGGCAAGGGAGACCACAGUGCCAAGUGUCCCCGAGACAGAAGCACCCAGGGAUGUGGGUCACAGCCUCUAGGGCACGAAAUGAUUCCUGGGUUGCCACAAGGAUUUGCUGAA